UCGAUCAUCUGCAAACAUUCUUGUUUGCUCUUGUUGCAGUGAUGUCCGUUAAUUUUACUGUGAAAGAUUAAUUCGAAUAAAAAUACUGUUUGUGAAGGUGUAGCGUCUCGUCAGGGCGUGGAAAAGCGUUAGUAAUAGUUCGAAAUGGGUGCCAAAGAAAAAUCGACCGUCAAAACUCGCAGCUCCCGGCGUCAACUGCGGUCUUCUAAACCACCUCCGCCACCAGCCGAUUCGUCGUCUUCGGCCGAUGAAAACGAAGGGCAGGGCGUAACGCCUACCCCUUCAACCGGUAGCGGAGGCCCCACUGUGGGAAAGCGCCGGCGCCCGCUCCGGAAGCGAAGGCAACUGGUGGAAAGUAGUAUCAGCAGUGCUAGCGAAAAAAUUCAGGAAGCGAAGGAUAGCGAAAGUGACGGUAAGACGGAUACCACGGACGAUGAUCCGGUGGCACGGAUGCAGGAGUUGACCCGGCUUCCGCUCACGAUAAUGGAAGUGCGCAAGCUGAGCGAGGAAAUCGGGAAGGUGUGCGAUGAGCUGGAAGAUGCGCUGACCAGCGAUUCGCCGGAUCAGGAUGGCGAGUUGAACAGGCUGAAAGGAAAAUUGAUGGGUUUGACGGAGAAGUGUUAUCACAAGGUUACUCGAGCAUCUAAGAAUGUCGGAACAACCGGUAAAAAGGCAGGUAAGGCUUCAAAGAAUUACGCAGACAAAGACAACAAGGCUGCUCCGAAAAAGUCAAUGCCUCGCUCAAACAGCGUGGAUUACACUGACUAUGCAGCCGUUCAGGAAGCGGAUAAAAGCGAAGCAUCGAUUGCCAAGGACAGCGGAAAUCCGCCUUCUUCCGGUCAUGAUGAAUCGGCAACAACGACCAAAUGCUCGGAAGACGUCCCCCCGACUUCUUACGUGGCACUCGAGUGCCAUUCGCCAACUCCGGUUUACUACGAAUGUGAACCGGAACCGAUUCGAGAUGUUCAACAAGAAGAUGCGAGGGAGACCAUUCCGGAUCUGAAUCUGGAUAUGACCGAAGUGUCAGCUGCGAACGACGAUUCGGAUAACUUCUACAAUCCAAUUUUGUUCAAUGAGAAAGAGCAGGAUUCGAAACAGGAUAAAGGAGAUGAGGAAUUGGAACAACGAAAUGUUGAGAAUAAUCUGGACCAAGAUAGAACUGAAGAUGAAACGGAACGGAAUGUUGCUAAGGACAACCUGGGACGGGACAAAGCAGAGGAUGAUCGAAUGUCGGACAACGGAGUAGAAUCGGUGGUAAACGACGACAUUUUCGGUUUCCACAACUAUGCCACUCCGAUGCAACAGCAACCUGUUUGUCCGCCGUCCGUAGCUGGGACUGUGAAACAAGCCAUCAAAAAGGAAACCCUCAAUCAGCAGAAGCAGCAAUCGAUGAAUACUCCGUGCGGAACUCGUGGCAUAGCGCAACGAAAGCUGAUAGUGGACGCAAAGCCGAAUUUCACGAUUGGUUCAUCCGCUGCGGAACACAGCAAGCAAUUGGACCCAGCGACGAUCAAACCAGAUCCCGAAAUUCAAUCUCUCUAUCAACCGGAGCCCAGUACUUCAAAGGACUCGAAGGUGAAACUGAUUCAAAAGCUGAACGAAUCGGACAACGCCAAAUUCAUUACCAACGCCGACCCGAAUCCGAACCGGAAACCCACAAACGACGAAAUCCGUUACAUCGUUCCGCAUCUGCCAAAGUUCAGCGUCACUCAAAUCCCACAGGGCGAAAACUACGAGCUGACCCUGAUGAAGCAGGAGAUCGAGCAGCGCCUUCGGGUGAACGAUCUGUCCUGGGUUACCCAGCGGGCCAUUCGCGACGAAAGUGCCCGCAUCAAGAAGGUCAACCGGAACAAUGAACGCCUGGCGCGCCAAAUGGAACGCUUCGGAAGUACACUGGCCGCCAAUCAGUUGAUCUUGGACUACGAUUCAGAUAAAAAGACGUUCAUCCGGGUCCAUCCGGAGCUGGUAUCGAAGAUGAAACCUCACCAGAAGGAAGGCGUGAAGUUCAUGUACGAUUGUUGUUACGGGGGCAGUUCUAAGGGUCGCUCGUCGGGAUCCGGAUGCAUCCUAGCGCAUUGCAUGGGACUCGGCAAAACCAUGCAAGUGCUCGCAUUGGUUAAUACCGUGAUUUGCUAUCCGCAAUUGAACACGAAACGAAUCAUUGUGGUCUGUCCCAAGUCUACGGUCAUGAAUUGGGCUCAGGAAAUUCGCUACUGGUUGGGGGACAUCCCAAGCGGUGUGAGCGUGCAAGUAUUUCAUCUACCGGAUAGCUCAAACAUCUACAAAAAAAUGGAAGUGCUUCGUGGAUUCCACAACGCAACCGGUAAGAAUGCUCACUGUCUGUUGAUCGGAUACGAAGCCUUCCGGUCGUUGGUGUUCUACGAUGCUCGGAACAAAAACGGUGAGCAGCACUCCGAUCGGAUUCGAACGGAAGUGCGUCGCAUUUUGAUCAACCCCGGUGCCGAUCUGAUUGUGUUGGAUGAAGGACACAUAAUUAAGAACCGAAAGUCUCAGACCAACCUGUCCGUGUCGGAAGUGGCCACCAAGCGCCGCAUAAUUUUGACCGGUACUCCAAUUCAGAAUAACCUGAACGAGUACUUCUGCAUGGUGAGUUUCGUCAAGCCGGCCUAUCUGGGUGACGAACGGGAAUUCAACGAACAGUACGCUAGACCCAUCAAAGAUGGGCAGCACAAGGAUUCCAGCCCCAGCGACAUUCGUUACAUGAAGACGAAGUCGUUCAUCUUGAACAAACAUCUGACCAGCUUCGUGCAGCGUAAGGAGUUCUCCGUGCUGGAAGGCUUCCUGCCGGAGAAGUACGAAUAUGUGUUGUAUGUUCCGUUGACUCCGGUGCAGGAAGAUCUGUACGAGCAGUACUUGCAGAGAAAUCCAUUCCGGAAGGAUGUCGGUGGACGGAACUUGCUGGAAGAUUAUACGUUCAUGCGUAAGAUCUGGACGCAUCCUAUUGUGCUGGAGAAGGCCUGGGAAACGGCUAUGAAGAAAAAGUACGGUAUCAAGGAGAAGCGUAAGGCGGCCCGGCGUGUCCGCGGUUUCGACAGUAGCUCCGAGGACGACGAUGAUAACGAUGCCGACAACGCACGAUCCAUCACGAACAUCUGGUGGAAGCAAAUCAUCAGCAAGGAUGAUUUGGAAUCGCUUUACCCGAGCAACAAAAUGAUCCUGCUGUUCGAAAUCCUUCGAAUGUGCCAGGAAAAGGGUGAGAAGUGUUUGAUCUUCUCCGGUUUUGUGAUGGUGCUCAACAUGGUGGAGUACUUCAUGAAGAUGAUCGACGAGCAGAGCAAGAAUCCAAAAGCACACCUCUAUGGGCUCUCCCGUUUCCGUGGACCGUGGCGUCCGGGUAUGGACUAUUACCGCCUAGAUGGUGGUACCUCAAAGUCCACGCGCCACGAAAUGAUCAACAAGUUCAACGAUCCGAAGAACCGAGUCACACGGGUGUUUCUUAUUUCCACCAAAGCAGGUGGACAAGGUAUCAAUCUGGUUGGGGCUAAUCGAGUGGUCAUCUUGGAUACUUCCUGGAAUCCGGCUGUUGAUCAGCAGGGUAUUUUCCGCAUAUAUCGAUUGGGGCAACAGAAGCCCUGUUACAUCUACCGUUUGUUGGCGAUCCACACCAUGGAAGAAAAGGUAUACUCCCGAGCGGUUACCAAACAGGCCAUGAGUCACCGUGUGGCGGACAAGAAGCAAGUCGACCGAAACUACAACAUGGCCGAACUGGAAGAACUAUACCACUUCGAGCGUGUCAACAUGAGUGCUCGUCUAAAUCCUCCUCCGGCCGUGGAUGAUCUACUAUCUACGCUGUUACUCAAGUUUCCCAAACUGAUCUUCCGAUACCACACCCACGAGACCAUGCUAGACAACAAGAACGAAGAAGAUUUAACCGAGCUGGAGAAGGAACUCGCCUGGAGAGAGUUCAAGAAGAAGGGAUUGGUCAUGAGUUUGGAGCUCGGUAUGGGAGAAGACGUGGGUGAACUCGGUAAAAUCGACUCGUCCGAGUUGGACGUGGAUCCGGAACUGCGAGAUAUGUUUGACAAAUCAUGUGUUCCCAAGAGUGAACCAAUGGAAUUGGAACCCGCGGAAAACAAACCGUUGCUCAUACCGGUGCGGCAAUCGCUCGGUAAGAAGUUUGACGAAAAACUUAUGGACGUGGACCCGGAUCCGGUCGAGGAAGAUUCGGCCAUUUUUGGUGAGGAUCCGUACAACGAGAUCAGCUUGGGCCGUAGUAUCAUCGAAGAGCAGCGUAAGAAGCUUGGCAUAAAAACUGAACCAAAGACGCCGACGCCAUCUCAGGUGUCCGUUUCCAAGGCAGAGGUUGAUGUACUACGUAUCCUGGAAGAGGAUAAAGAAAAGCAUUCUUCUGUACCAGUACAAAUCAAGCAGGAACCUCAGGACUGUGCACCGAAAGAUAUCGCUCGAGACGCACCCGUUGUAGAAUCAGUGGAUCUUCUGGAUCUUUCAUAUGAGAGCGGCCAAUCAACGAUGAACGAUCAAUCAGAGUCUCCAUCCGAGCCGACAGUAUCGGUCUUCAAGGAACCAUCAAUCAGUCAAUCUUCUCCAUCUAUGAUCAUCGGUGCUGAUACGCUGUCUUCGAUUAUCGAAUACGAUCCAAUGACCAGCAGUCAGGAUCAUGUGGCAAUCGAGAGUUGCACGAACACAUAUCGCGAAAGCAUGGAAGCUACUGACAGCAGUUUAGCCGAAGCAUCAACCUAUGAGAAAUUCGAAGCUUGUCUAAAAUCGGAUCCCAAAGCCGCAACGAGUACUGCCGCCCCGCCUCCGUCGGUGGUCCUAGUGGCGACGGGAUCGGGUCAUUUCCAGGUUGAAGUGAAAAUGCACGGCGCAGAUUCCAAGGCUUCCAUUUCCGUGGAACCAUUGCUGACGCGGAGCAUGAAACGAAAGAUGAUGGCUGGGGGCAGCCCGGCCUCCAAUCCCAAGAAAGCGAAGGUAUAUGCCAGCAGUGAUAUGACUGUACCAUCCCCAAACCAUCAAACGGAUGCUGCUGAACAUUUCAAUCAAUGUCGAGCUCUUGUUCCUUAUGUCAGCCGAUCCGGCCCUUGUGUUACUCUCAAUCCUCAUCUGCGCCAAUAUCUCGAUCGGAACACCCAAAUAGUAAUUCCGAACAACUACUGCCGUUCUCUGGUAUUAUAUGUAGAACGGGUAUCAUUGCUGGACGACAUUUUACGACGUCAUGGUUAUCCACCCCAGUUAUCCGGCUCAUAUCUACUUCCAACCGUUAAAGUAGAUAGUGAUGCCAAUGAGAUGGAUCGAGGCACGAUUCAAGCUGUUCGGCAAACAACUACCCUCUCUUGGAAUGGAGAGGAUGUAAAUUUUGCCGAUUUGGAAACUUGGUAUGACGAUUCGAGCGGACAAUACUACACAGCGAAUACGGAAUUCUACGCUGCCCAUGAUGAAAGUGAUCAAUUAACCCUAACUCAGUGCACCCUUCCCGAUUCUCAACAAGUUUUCACGCAGCAAGCCAUAGAACAGGGAAACGAGCAAGAAUUGAUGGAUCAUUUGGAGGAACUUCGCGCCGCUCUGUCAGAUGAUGUCCAAGAAAACGGAAGUUUGGGAAACUGCUCAGCAGUCGUCCUAUACAGUCCCCCAGUUUCGAUUUGGGAUGAGCAAAAGUAUGAACAAUUGAUAGCAAAAAUGCCUCCAAUGGCUCUGUAUCGUCCUGUUCGGUCAUUCUGGGAUCAGAGAGAUUUCCGCAUGCGAAUGUUUCUGGUAGAACGAAAGCGACAAAUUAUUCGCAAUCAGCACAAUAAGUGCUAUCGAUUUAUUCCGUACAACAAAGACGAUCGGAAAUGGGGCAAAGAAAUUCCGUCCACUACUUGUGAGAACACGAACAUCUGCGCUGACGACGCGCUUCCUCGAGCACCAGCGAAAGAAUCAAAGAAUGCGCCCGAAGGCAGUUCAUCAAAAAUGCAUCGCACCAGGGACAUACCUGCGAACGUCAGCAUGGCGCUACUGCCCUACACAGGAAACUGCAUUCUGAAUGCAAUCCAAGGGCGAAUCUCUCUACUGGAACCGAACGCUGCUGUAGUGUUGAAUUCGGAACUGGCUGAAUAUUUGACGUUCUGCCGAAAUGUAACGUGUCAAUCGACAUCACAGGGUAUUUGUAGCCCCAAAACGCACCGUGGAGUUAAGCGUAAGCGCGAGAGUUUGUCCCAGACUUUGGAAGUAUCGAAGAAACCUAAGGAAUCGCUGCAACCUGGAUUGGGGGCGAGAGAUCAUUAGGAAUGGCUUUUCAAAUACGAGCCCUAUAUAUCAGAAGAUCGCGUUAACAUUGCUGUUAAGUCAUCGCCAAUUUGGUGUUCGACGAUAAUGCAACCUACUGUUACUUAUCCCGUUUGUUAUUUUCUUUCGUUUAGUAAUUAAGUUUUUAUUUUAAUUCCAUUCAGUGCACAGUGCAUUGAGUUCAAUUACUUUAUUGCAUCUACGUAUUUGCGAGACAAUCGGUUAUCUCGUAUAUUCUCAACGAUUAUUAACGAACACAUUUCGUGUUCGCUAUGUUUUAACAUGUUGA